AUGGAUGCGAUGAUGGACUCGAAUGAAUUGUUGACAAAGAUUGAUAAUGCUAAUGUUAUGGUUUUGGAAAGGUCAAGACAAGAGAAGGAGAAGGAUAAAAAGGUGGCGUUGAUAUGCGGUGGUGGGUCGGGACAUGAACCAGCGCAUGCAGGAUUCAUAGGUGUUGGAAUGUUGGAUGCAGCGGUCAUUGGUGAUGUGUUCACAUCGCCCUCGCCAUCACAGGUGUUGGCCGCCAUUCGUGCUGUCACUGGAGCACCCGGAUGUCUGCUGAUCGUCAUGAACUACACGGGCGAUCGUCUAAACUUUGGAAUUGCUGCAGAGAUGGCUCGCAAUGAUGGCCUUCGAGUGGAGAUGCUGGUGGUAGGCGAUGAUGUGGCCACCAUCCACUCGUCCAAACGUCGUGGCAUUGCUGGUACGGUGCUGGUCAACAAGAUACUAGGUAGUUAUGCGCAACGUGGAAUGGCCCUUGACCAACUGAUUGGCAAGGCACAUCAACUCCUUCCGACUCUCAACUCAAUGGGUGUCUCCUUAUCCAGCUGCACUGUUCCAGCUGUUGGCAGGCCCAACUUUGAACUUGGCGACGAUGAACUUGAGUUUGGACUUGGUAUCCAUGGUGAGCCAGGUAUCAAAAGAGAGAAGCUAACAGGUUGUCAUAAUGUUGUUAGACAUAUAGUUGAGUACAUAUUGGAGAAUGCACCAAAUGCCAGUCAACAUUAUGGUGUUGGAAAGAGAUUGGUAGUGAUGGUGAAUAACCUUGGAUCAACAACACAGAUGGAGAUGAAUGUUGUGGUAGGGGAGACCGUUCGUCUACUUCAAUCCAAAGGAUACAUCAUUGAUCGUCUGAUCAAUGGCACACUAAUGACCGCUCUAGACAUGUCUGGCAUCAGCAUCAGUAUAAUGUCAAGCGAUAAUGAUAUUAUUGAAUGCAUUGACUAUCCAACCAAUGCACAGGGAUGGCCUGUUAACAGUGUAUCUAAGCCACGUGCAUACCAUGGACAAGGACUUAUCCCUCUUGGAAAGAACAAGACACAACACAAUGAGUUGCCAGACCCAAACCAACACAUAUAUGAUAAAUACAAACAGGUUGUUGUGGAUAAGUCAACAGCAAUGAUGAUCAAGAGUAUCCUUGAGCAUGUGUGCAAGGCAUUGCAGGAGAACUCAAACAUAUUGACUGAUUUGGACUCUAAGGUUGGCGAUGGUGAUCUUGGUAUAACACUGGAGCGAUGCGCCAACAAUGUAUUGAAGCUGGUGGACAUCAUUCCAUUCGACAGACCAUGUUAUGCAUUGCUAAAGAUAUCACAUAUACUUCAAGAGACUGCAGGUGGCUCAUCAGGUCCAUUCUACGCUGUUUUCUUUAUGAAGUUGGCAACAUCUAUAUUCCAAUCUCAUCAAGGCAAGGCACCCAAUGAGCCAAUCACCAGACAACAAUGGGCCUAUGCAUUGCGUGAGGGAUACUUGGCCAUUCAACAACUUGGAGGUGCAAAGAUUGGUGAUUGUACAAUGCUUGAUGCUUUGAUCCCCGCCAUUGACACCAUCGUUCGCAUGUCCAACGACACACAGCUCAACAUCAAACAGAUUCUUGAAGCCUCGGCUGAGGCUGCGCACCAGGGCGCUCAAUCGACAGUUGGAAUGAGGGCCAACCAAGGCCGUGCCUCAUAUCUUGGUGAUCGAUCAAAGGAUUGCAUGGAUCCAGGUGCAUGCGCUAUUAGUGUCAUCUUCCAAUCAAUCAAACUUGUUCCACAGGACCAAACUCAUCAUCAUCACGAUCCUGAUACAUCGAUCACCUUCUACCCAAGGUUCAUGCCGGAUAUAUUGUCUGGCGCAAAGACGAUCACUAUUCGUGAUUUUGAUGAAGCAAAGCACAUUCCAACUAAUUAUCCACUUCGUGUAUAUCCACAUGGACAGCCUGCAGAUGGCAAACCAAUAUGCCGUAUCCAAGUUGAAUCAAUCUUAUCCGUACGAUUUGAUCAAUUGAAUGAACAUCAUGCCAAACAAGAGAACAUGACACUUGACGAGUUGAAGCGUGUGAUCAGCGAGAUAUAUCCCAACGAGAAUAAGCUCUACGUCGUAACAUUCCAUCUUGUCUAA